GAGAGAGAGAGAGAGAGGGGGAAAGAGAGAGCGAGAGAGAGAGAGAGAGAGAGAGCUCCGGCAGUCGGUCGGUAUGUAGCAGCGGCGGAGCUUCUGCCUGGGAUUACAAAGAGGGGAAAACGCGCCUUGGACAGAAAAAACACAAGCGGGAUUAAAAAUAAAACCACCCGAGGAUGAGACACACACCGUCCCGCUGAAGGAGACUAAAAAACCGACGUUUUUUCCGCUUAUUUAUCACCGUUUCUUACGAAAAUGGCGAACGACUCACCGGCCAAAAGUCUGGUGGAUAUAGACCUGGCAUCCCUGCGGGAUCCAGCUGGGAUUUUCGAGUUGGUGGAAGUGGUGGGAAAUGGCACCUAUGGACAAGUCUACAAGGGUCGACAUGUCAAGACAGGACAGCUGGCCGCCAUCAAGGUCAUGGACGUCACCGAGGAUGAGGAGGAAGAAAUUAAGCUGGAAAUCAACAUGCUGAAGAAGUACUCUCACCACAGAAACAUCGCCACCUACUACGGAGCCUUCAUCAAGAAGAGUCCACCUGGACAUGACGACCAGCUAUGGCUGGUGAUGGAGUUCUGCGGUGCCGGCUCCAUCACAGAUCUGGUCAAAAACACGAAAGGAAACACCCUGAAGGAGGACUGGAUCGCCUACAUCUCCAGAGAGAUCCUCAGGGGAUUAGCUCACCUGCACGCUCAUCACGUCAUCCAUCGUGACAUCAAGGGACAAAAUGUGCUGCUGACUGAAAACGCUGAAGUCAAACUGGUGGACUUUGGUGUGAGCGCUCAGCUGGACCGGACGGUGGGACGAAGGAACACUUUCAUCGGGACGCCAUAUUGGAUGGCUCCAGAGGUCAUCGCUUGUGAUGAAAACCCAGACGCUACCUAUGACUACAGGAGUGACCUGUGGUCAUGUGGAAUCACGGCCAUAGAGAUGGCAGAGGGAGCGCCUCCUCUGUGUGACAUGCAUCCAAUGAGAGCCCUCUUCCUUAUUCCUAGAAACCCUCCUCCUCGACUCAAGUCCAAAAAAUGGUCGAAGAAGUUCUUCAGCUUCAUCGAGGGCUGCCUGGUGAAGAACUACACCCAGCGUCCUCCUACCGAGCAGCUGCUCAAACACCCCUUCAUCCGGGACCAGCCCAACGAGAGGCAGGUCCGCAUCCAGCUCAAAGACCACAUCGACCGGACCAAGAAGAAGAGGGGAGAGAAGGAUGAGACUGAGUAUGAGUACAGUGGCAGCGAAGAGGAGGAAGAAGAGGCCUCAGAGCAAGAAGGAGAGCCAAGCUCCAUAGUCAACGUGCCCGGCGAGUCGACUUUACGCCGCGACUUCAUCCGCCUGCAGCAGGAGAACAAGGAGCGCUCGGAGGCGCUGCGUCGCCAGCAGCUCCUCCAGGAGCAGCAGCUCCGCGAGCAGGAGGAGUACAAGCGCCAACUGCUGGCUGAGAGGCAGAAACGUAUCGAGCAGCAGAAGGAGCAGAGGAGGCGGCUGGAGGAGCAACAACGGCGUGAGCGUGAGAUGAGGAGGCAGCAGGAGCGCGAGCAGCGCCGGCGUGAGCAAGAGGAGAAGAGGCGUGUCGAGGACAUGGAGCGACGCCGCAAAGAGGAGGAGGAGCGCAGGCGGGCCGAAGAGGAGAAGAGGAGGGCCGAUCGUGAACAGGAGUACAUCCGUCGUCAGUUGGAGGAGGAGCAGAGGCACCUGGAGAUCCUGCAACAGCAGCUGCUCCAUGAACAGGCCAUGCUGCUGGAGUAUAAAUGGCGGGAGCUCGAGGAGCAGCGUCAAGCCCAGAAGCUUCAGCAGCAGCUGCAGCAGGAGCAGGCCUACCUGUUGUCUCUGCAGCAGAACCAGAACCUGGACAGUAACAAAACUGCUCAGCAACAGAGCACCAAACCCUCUCAGAACCUGGAGCAGGACAGGAUAAAACCUCUGCAGAACCCUGACCCUGAUCCAACAAAACCACUGCAGAGCGCUGACUCUGACAAGACGAGAUCUGGUCAGAGUCGCAGUCUGGAGAAACCUACAGAGCCCAAACUUCCUGCUGCAGACCUCCAAGGUCCCGCCCCCAACUCUGAGCCAAUCAGAGAGGCUGAUGAGCGAUACCGGAAGAACAUCCAGGGUUCUCCUCAGGCCGCUCAGACCAAACCACAGCAGCCUCCAGUUCCACCGCGCUCCGAGUCUUCUUACCCCAACGGAAACCCGGCAUCUGAGGCGCCCGCCCGUCAUACCCCAGUGGAGCCACAGGUCCGUUCCCAUCUGGCUGCUCUAAAAAGCAACAUGGCCUCAUCAAACUCUUCUCCUACCGCCCCGCCCCUUGUGUCGCGGUCACACUCCUUCACCGAGCCGCUCGCCCCUAGCUUUGAAAACCUUCACCUCCGCAACAGCCAGGAACCCCAUCAACACCAUCACCCUCCGUCUUCAUCACCAUCCUCCUCAUCAUCCACGCCUGCACGCACUGACCCAAAACCCCACCCCCAGACUAGACCCUCACCCCAUGAAUCGGCCCCUUCAGAGGACGUCCCGCCCAGGGUUCCUGUCAGGACCACAUCAAGGUCCCCGGUGUUGUCUAGACGAGACUCACCUCAUCACCAUGGCAACGCCUCGCAGAGCAGCCAUGCUGUGCACCGUAACACUGCCAGCGCUGCAGAGCCUCGGCUGCUGUGGGAGCGAGUGGAGAAACUGGUUCCCAGACAGAACAGCGGCAGUGGAGGCUCCAGUUCCUCCAGCAGCUCCAGUAACUCCAGCUCUCAGCCCGGUUCUCACUGUGGCUCUGGAGAGAGGUUCAGGGCCCGCUCAUCCUCCAAAUCAGAGGGCUCACCCCUCCAACGGCCAGAGAGUGCUGGGAAAAAACCAGAGGAGAGGAGGGACCUGGUCAGGCCGAACAGACCAGCGGACCUCACGGCUCUGGCUAAGGAGCUGCGUGCAGUGGAUGACGUUCGUCCCCCAAAUAAGGUGACAGAUUAUUCAUCCUCCAGUGAAGAUUCAGACACCACUGAUGAUGACGAUGAUGAAGAGGUAGACCAGGAGGCAGGGGAAGAGUCAACCUCUGGUCCAGAAGAUUCCAGAGCUGUUUCUUCCAGGUUGAGUAACGGAGAGACAGAGUCGGUGAAAACGAUGAUUGUUCAUGAUGAAGGAGAGAGCGAUGCAGGCUCGACGCCCUGCAAAGACAGCACGCUGAUCGUCAGACAGAGUGCAGGUGACAGCAGAAAGCGCCCGAGCCCAGGUCCGGGUCAAACCCAGACCUCAGGUCUGAUCACAGGCUUUGCCCCGAGUCCUGGGUCAAUGCCAGGCCCAGUCCUCAUCCACCAAACCCCCAGCCCCCACCAUCAUCAUCACCAUCACCACCAUCACCCCACACAGCACUCGGACAGGAACGGCUUUGCAGGCCGCAUCCACCACCUCCCAGACCUGAUCCAGCAGAGCCACCAUUCCUCCCCAUCCUCCUCUGCAUCCAACUCCCCUUCCUCCUCAAGCCUUGCCAGCCCCUCCAUGUCUCCCCAGAGUCCCCUGGAAAAGCUCGGCAUCCUCAUAGAGAGCCAAUCUAGUAACAACAUGCAGAAACACAAGUCUUCUUCCUCCUUCACUCCGUUUAUCGACCCACGCCUUCUCCAAGUCUCUCCAUCCACCGGCAGCGCCCUCAACAAUGUUGGCUACGCCAACGACGCCAGGCUGGCAGAGGCGCUCAGGGCCGACCCGUCUCGGAAAGGCUCUGUGGUCAACGUGAACCCGGUGAACACUCGCCCUCAGAGCGACACGCCAGAGAUCCGCAAAUACAAGAAGAGGUUCAACUCUGAGAUCCUGUGUGCUGCGCUGUGGGGGGUGAACCUGCUGGUGGGAACAGAGAGCGGUCUGAUGCUGCUGGACCGCAGUGGUCAGGGGAAAGUUUACCCUCUGAUCAGCCGACGACGCUUUCAGCAGAUGGAUGUCCUCGAGGGGCUCAACGUCCUGGUCACUAUAUCAGGUAAGAAGAACAAGCUCCGUGUGUACUACCUGUCCUGGCUGAGGAACAAGAUCCUGCACAACGACCCUGAAGUGGAGAAGAAACAGGGCUGGACCACCGUAGGAGACCUGGAGGGCGCCGUCCACUACAAAGUUGUGAAAUACGAGAGGAUCAAAUUCUUAGUUCUGGCUCUGAAGAAUUCGGUAGAGGUCUACGCCUGGGCCCCCAAACCCUACCACAAGUUCAUGGCCUUUAAGUCUUUUGGUGACCUGGUGCACAAGCCCCUGCUGGUCGACCUGACUGUGGAGGAAGGCCAGAGAUUGAAGGUCAUCUACGGCUCAUGUUCAGGUUUCCACGCUGUGGAUGUCGACUCUGGGGCUGUCUACGACAUCUACCUGCCUACACACAUCCAAAAUAACAUCCAGUCUCAUGCCAUCAUCAUCCUUCCCAACACCGACGGGAUCGAGCUGCUGGUGUGCUACGAGGACGAGGGUGUUUACGUCAACACCUACGGGCGAAUAACCAAGGACGUGGUGCUGCAGUGGGGGGAGAUGCCCACCUCAGUGGCCUACAUCCGUUCCAACCAGAUCAUGGGCUGGGGAGAGAAGGCCAUAGAGAUCCGCUCGGUGGAGACCGGCCAUCUGGACGGUGUCUUUAUGCACAAGAGAGCCCAGAGACUCAAGUUCCUCUGUGAAAGAAAUGACAAGGUUUUCUUUGCCUCUGUGCGAUCUGGAGGCUCCAGCCAGGUUUACUUCAUGACUCUGGGCCGAAGCAACCUGCUCAGCUGGUAGAGGUCCACACCUUGUCCUCUUCCUCCUCCUUCUCCUCAUCCUCCUCAUUGUCCUCCACCCUCGCUAACACUGGAUCUCAGAACCCACCGUCGAUGUCUUGUCAGCACUCGGACAACCAAAAGAUAAUUUAAAAAAAAACAACGACUUACCAGCCCUUUGAAGCAGUCGACAACAACGACUUCACCUUAACCCUGGAGCUGCAGCCUCAGCGCACGACUGAGCUCUGACGCCGUCUGCAACACAGCGAUCAACCAGCUAUGACGCGCAGGAGUGGCCCACUGAAAAGCCUGAAGUGUCAAAAGUACAAAAUGAAAUCAGUGAUUAAUUAUUGUAUGAUAGAAAGAAAUGAAAUGUGAAUUUAAGACAGAAAAGGGGGCAAACUACUUUGUUCCUGUUUGUCAAGGUGCUGAUCAGAUCGUGAUGGGAAACAUUUUGUACUGCUGCAUCUUCUCUCUGCUACUUUGGCUGGUCAGUAAGCUUGAGGUCUAGUACUGCUACCACAAUAUUACUACUUCUACUACUGCUUCUACCUUCUGCAGGUCUGCCUCUUGUAAGAAAGUUACCCCAUGAUCCCACCCUCUGCCCUUUCUAACGAGAGUUUGGUGGGGCGGGUGGGAUGGGAGUCUGUUGUAUUAAUGCUACAGUAGUGUGUGUAAAUGUACUUCUGUUUGGUCCAAUUACUGCUGACAUGCUGGUUAGAGGUCGGAGCUGUCAGCCGGGGAUGAAAUGUAAAAAAAAAAAAAAAAAAACCUGGAGCAAGUGAGCAGGAACAGUUAGAGGCAGGUUGAAAGGGGGCUAAUGUUUGAGGUUGUACUGUAAGUCUGAGUAAUAGGACUCGACAGGAGGGCGUGUGUGUGUCGUCGAAGUGUUGUGUUGUUCGGACAGGUGCUUUAAAAAAAGGGGGGGGGGGCGAUUGAGAGAGAAAGAGACGUUGAAGCAGAAGGCUUUCAGAAUAGUAUUUUUUGAAUUAUUGCUCUUAUUAUAUUAUGAUUAUUCCUUGAACAUAAGUGUAACUAUGUGGAGUAAAACAUGUCUUUUACCUUGUUUUUUAAGAUUUACGCACAUCCAGCCCUCAGUUUGCUUGCUUUUACUCUGAACCCACCGAAGUGCGAGGUGUUCGUCUAAAGAGGAGCUGACGUGGGUGCAGUCCGUAAAUAUAAAAUAAAGGUGUCUAUGUACAAUAAAAUUUCAUUUUAUCUUCCAGGUAGUGUCAGUGGUCAUGUUUUUCCCCUCAUCCAUAAAAAAAAAACAUGACGACCUAAACUCAAGAAACUUGAACUGCUGUGAAUAGUCAAGAUAUUCAUUGAAAAAAUAUGUUAAUGGAGUAAUAAAAAUAGAAAAGAAAGUUGAGUAUGUGUGCGAGUGCAGACGGAGAGUUCAGUGUCAUCGACGUAUUGGGAGUUGCGGGGCAGAGAGGUAAACGUAUUGUCAGCAGGUUAGUUGAGGCAGAGGAGUUUUUCUACCUUCCAUUUCAUUUUUCCUUUUUACCAUUUUGUAUGAAUGCAAUGCACUCAGUGUCAAGAAUGUAGAAAGACUUAUUACUGUGUGGUGGUCCAAGGCAUGAGAUGAUGUUUUUUGCUUUGUUUCGUGUCACAAGUGAUCAAUCCUAGAUGUUCAAUUUAUAGUUAAGACAAUUUAAAAGCUGCAGCAGCGGAGCCUCUACGUCAGGUGUAGAUAUUUUUUGAUGGGGGGGGGGGGCGACAUUCAGUAUUUGUCUUGCAACCUUUUUCACAGCUGUGAGGACAUGGGUGGGUCAGAGCUGAGGGGGGUUUAUUGGCAUCCUGCGGGUUCUAUCAGCACAUGCCAGGCACUCUUUCAUCCAUGAAAUGAGGAUGUAAACCUUACAGCACCCAGACUCUGAAUUUUUUGUGUUACUGUGAUAAAAGUGUCACAAAACAGGCAAACACUAAACUGAAUUUAUAUUCACUCAGCCGUGUGGGGGGACUAACUGGAGACGGAAACCCACAUUUUCUGGAAAGAGUUUUCCUGAUUGUGUUCCCUACUUCCUGCUCUGGCUGUUAUUCGUGAAAGACUGUGCAGCAAACGGCAGCAUCGGAAAUCUAUCGAGCUGGAUUUUCCUCCGUUUUUUUUUCUCUCCACAUUUCACCCGGAAAGUAGGUGCAAAGGAGAGUCCGGUUUGUGCUCUGUCCAAACAUGUCUUCAUCAGAUAACAAACAAGUUUUCCUUGGAUGAGUUUUCCCAUUGACGACAACAGUGACACACAUGAGCAGUGUGUUAACGUGUGAUGAGGUUACUGCCGGUCACUCAGUAACAAACUUUAACCUCUCCUCCUACAGACAACAGUUUGGACCCCAAUGCCGUGUCGUCAGAGGUCUGUGUGUGCAUUAGUGCCCAGUUUGUGUCUCUUAUUGCAUCAAGGCCUUGAUGGGUGGCUGUGUGGACUUAAUGAAAAAUGUGUGGCUAAUGAUAUUCUUAAUGGGCUAAAAAAGGACGAGAUAUAAGUCUGUAUCUGAUGAGAAAAAGCAGCCGCUUGUCUGCUCACAUUGGAUAAAGUGCCAUGAGGGCCGCAUAUAAAAGUGUAAACCUAAUGUUAUGAAAACCACUACUAGGAAAUCCUUUAAAAUAAAUCACUUGAAGCAUUGUGUAUUUUUAAGUUUUCUAGCUAGUCGAGAAGCUUAACAAUAGUUUCUGUUGUUUCUGUAAGUCUAUGUACACGUAAAUAUGCGACUGCGGUGGUUUAAUAUUAUUAUGCUCACCUUAGGUGGAGAAAAUGUUUACAGAGAAAAUGUUUUGUUACACUAAUGUGCAUCACAGUAUUUAUGUUUCAUGCAUAUGCGUCUUUAAUUCUUUGUUUUUGCUUUUGAGCCCGGUUUUCAUUGGAUAUUUUCAUUUUUCUGUCAUCUCCCCCUUACCCAUAAAUAACCUACUUACAAAACAAUAAAGAACACACGUGCUGUUCAUUUCAGGUAUUCACAUCGUGCUGCUUCGACGUGGAAACAUUGCAGUGACGUUACCUGCAGGCUUGGAUGUGAGGCAACGUGUUUUUCCUCUGCUGUUUCUGCCAUGCUACUCUAACUUGUGUCCUCUCUGUGUAUGACAGGAAGUUGUGUAUUUCCUGAAGGUUUCUUUUCUUUGAAUAAACUUUAAAAGUAAUUUUAA